AACUUAGUUUUUUGAUCAAGUAGAAUGAGUUUGAACUUUGAUACAUUAACAGAAUGGUAUGAUCAACCUGUGGACACCUUGAAAGAGAUCAAUGCCAAGAAGAAAGAACUUACUCUUGUGGAAGAUAUUUCCUCUUGUACCAAACUACGAAAAUUGAUCUUAUCUGAAAACUCACUUACCAACAAUCACCUCAACUUGAUCGGUCUUGAACACAUUACUUUUUUGAAUCUCUCUCACAACAAUUUGGAUUCUCUUAAAGGAUUUGAACAUUUAAGGGAUUUGAAUGUUCUCAACGUCAGUCAUAAUGUGAUUAAUAAUCUUCCUACUGAUUUACCUUGUUAUAAAAAUUUGAAGGCUUUUAUAUUGAAUAACAAUCACCUUUCAAAGUUGGGAAGUUUGGAUUCUUUAGUGGCUCUGAACACUUUAGUUUUGUCUCACAACAAGCUUAAAACGAUACCAUCUUUGGACGCCAUGGUUGAUCUUGCCAAAUUAUCUGCAGCUCAUAAUAACUUUAAGAAAAUGCCUGAUCUGUCUUCUCAUACAACUUUUUUAAAAGAAAUCCGAUUCAAUGAUAAUAAGAUUACAACCAUACCCGAUACAUUACGACCAUGUCAAGCUUUAGAAAUCAUCGAUUUGGGAAACAAUCAAAUUGAAAAAUGGAGUGACAUUGCACCACUUGGCUCAUUACUGAAUUUACAUAAUCUGAAUCUACACGGAAACCCUAUCACACAAAAAAAAGAUUAUAAGGAUAAGAUCAUGCAAUUGAUUCCUUCUUUACGAGUAUUGGAUGGUGAACGUUUCGACAUGAAGUUCUUGGAACGAAAACAGAAACAAGCAACGAAUUUGAAAUUGAUGGAAAAAAAAGAUCGAUUGAAACGAGAAAAACUGGAAAAGAAAUUGGAAUCAGAAUAUGGAUUGGAAGCUGAACGCAAACCUCGACAUAAACAUCUUAUGCGUCAAGAACAACCUGAACAACAAGAAUUACCAGACAAGAAGAAGAAGAAGAAAGAUGACAAACGGAAAUUGGAUCAAUUGGAUGAGGAUAAAAAGAUUACCAAGAAGAAAAAGAAGAUUGAUACCUUCUUUGACGUUCAAGAUAUGGAACAACAAACAACUGUAGAAGAAAUCUCCUCACCAGUCAAACCUACCCCAACAACAGAACCAAUCGUACCUUCAUUAUCAACUGAUGAUACUCAACCCUUGAAGAAACGCCAAAUUGAAAAUAUACUUAGUAAUCGUGAACGAACAGGUGUAUUAUCCAUGGUGGACAAAUCCAAAAAAAUGAAGAAAAAGUCCAAUGUGGAAGAUGUGGUGGCUACUUUGGAACAAAUGAAGGAACAAGAAAAGGAACAAUCAUUGACUGGUUUAGGUGCAGAUGCAUGGGAUUAGACUAUUCAUUUACAUAGAUCUUUAUAGUUAUUCUAUAUUUGAAAACUGUAUAAUAAAGUUUUGAUCUUUUUUUUUCA